AUGUGUGAUCGCCAAGAGCGUUGGUUUUAUAAAAACAUGCAGUUCGAAUACGACCCUGAAAGGCUUAUCGAAGAAGUAAAAAAGCGACCAGGUAUUUGGGACUAUGAGGACGCAGACUACCGUACAAAAGCCAUGCGGUAUCGGCUUUGGAAUGAAGUUGUGAACGAAUUAAUGCAAGCCGAUGUAAAAUUGACUAAAAGUGAAAUGCGCGAACUAGAAAUUCAAUUACAAAAGAAGUGGAAAAGUAUCCGUGACUGUUUCCAAAAGUACGUCACAAACCCGAAUAGAACAAAAAAGCCUUACAUCUACACCAAACAAUUACAGUUUCUUUUAAAAGAUCAGGAGAUGCCUCGUAAAGAAGGUCCUGAUCUCUCAAGUGACUCAGAUCAAGCCGAAAAAAAUGGUAAACAGGCUAAAAAAGUAUGGCGAAAGAAACAAAAGUUACGUUUAGUGAAAGAUGACGAUGAAUCUUCGGAAGAUGACAGCAGUCAUAAUUUCGAUACUCAAGAAGACUCCAGAGAUUACUCUAACGACGGAACAGAUUCUAUUCGACCACCCAAAAUUGCAAAAAUAAGCAUACCUCAAAGUCAAUUAGACGAGUUUGCGUUUGCAAAUGUUGACGCACAGGUCAAAGAAACAGAGGAUUCAGAUAAAAUGUUUCUCUUAUCACUUUUACCGCAUUUGAAAACAGUACCAGAAGAGUCCCGCUUGAAUGUCAAAGUGGAACUAAUGCAAGUGUUACGAAACGCGAAUUACAGUGCUGCACAACAUAAGAUUAUUUAA